UAUAAUACAUAUUUAGGUGGCCAUGAUUCAAGCUGGACGUUGAUAAAAUACAGGCGUAUUUGUUUCAAUGCGCAGGUAUAUCCAUGAUGCGAUUGGCACUGACACAAAAUGGCCGACAAGUGAUGACGCCCGUCCCAAUUUGUGUACAGUGCGCAUUACACAUCUAGCGUUAUAAGUAUAUAUAUUUGUUAUGUGCUCGCCACUGCCACGAAAAUAAUUGACGACAGAACAGCUUUACCAUGGCAAGUGAUGGUGUAGAAAAGACGAGUGAGGAUCCUUUGCAACCUGGGAAAGUCGGUACCAGAUAUGACCUGGAGAAGGAGACAGAACUUCGGUUUGAGGUAGAGGCUGGGGAGACUGCAGAGCAGGUUGAAUUGGAGCUCCUCACGGGAAUGGCAGAAGUGUUUGGCUCAGAACUGAACAGGAACAAGAAGUACACUUUUGGACCAGGUGCCAAAAUCGCAGUAUUCACCUGGCAUGGCUGCAGUGUGAACCUUUACGGGAAGCCCGAGGUGGCUUACGUGUCCAAAGACACUCCCAUGCUUCUUUACCUGAACACACAUGCGGCACUGGAGCAGAUGAGAAAACAGGCAGAGCGGGACAAUGAGCGAGGACCAAGGGUGAUGGUGGUGGGUCCUACGGACGUGGGCAAGUCGACAGUGUGUCGGCUGUUACUGAGCUACGCCGUGCGAGUGGGCAGGAGGCCCACGCUGGUGGAACUGGAUGUCGGCCAGAGUGGGGUGUCAGUACCGGGGACCGUUUCAGCACUUUGCAUUGAGCGUCCAGCUGAUGUGGAGGAGGGCUUCUCGGUACAGGCUCCACUCGUUUAUCACUUUGGCUCAACUUCUCCAGGGACCAACAUCAAACUUUACAAUAAGCUGACAUCCUGCCUGGCUGAGGUGUUCUCCCAGCGCUGUGAGGUGAACAGGAAAGCCAGUGUUGGUGGCUGUAUCAUCAACACAUGUGGCUGGGUGAAGGGCUCUGGUUAUCAAGCUCUAGUCCACUGUGCCUCCGCCUUUGAGGUGGACGUGGUGCUCGUACUGGACCACGAGCGGCUGUACAACGAACUUAAACGAGAUCUCCCUCACUUUGUCCGUGUUGUUCUCCUACCAAAGUCGGGGGGAGUGGUGGAGCGCUCCAAGGAGUGCCGACGCGAGGUUCGGGAUGAGAAAAUCCGCGAAUACUUCUACGGCUUUCGCGGCGUGUCCUUCUACCCUUUUUCAUUCGAAGUGCGUUUCUCUGAUGUGCGCAUCUAUAAAAUCGGGGCACCUUCCAUCCCAGACUCGUGUCUGCCACUGGGAAUGUCUCAAGAUGAUACCCAACUCAAGCUGGUUCCUGUGACACCUGGUAGAGAUCUCACCUAUCACGUGCUGAGUGUCAGCAGUGCAGAGGAUGGAGACGAAGGGACAAGAAAGGGUAUUGUGGAGAGUCCGGUGUGUGGCUUUAUUGUUGUGACCCAUGUGGACACGCAAUUGCAGGUGAUGAAAGUGUUGUCCCCUUCACCUCGACCACUGCCCAGACACACGCUGCUCAUCAUGGAUAUACGUUUCAUGGACACCAAAUGAGGUGGAGCUAACUUGUCACCAAAUGAUGAAACAGUUAAUAACAAUCUGUUGUAAUUUAAUUUGUAUUUUAUUAACCAGGUUGUAUCUUACCAAUUUUGAUAAGGGAUAUUUUUAUGCAUAUCUGACAUAAUCUUGUGGAAGGGUUUUCAAAAUUUUUUCGAAGUGUAUCUAGUGACUUCCUUCUAGUAUUUGCCCUCCCAAUUAAACACCGGGCGAUUGAAGAAGUUGGUUCUAGAUUAAUGAUGAUGGGAGUAAUUUCUUCCCUCACAUUAACUUUAAAACACUUUGGGUUGAACUAAAACAAGUUUGUUCCAAAUAAAGUUGAUGUAAUGUACAUUAAAACCAUA